AUGAGGCUCCUUCUGCUGACUUUGGCUGUGCUGCUGCUCUUGUCCCAGCUCACUCCAGGCCACACCCAAAAGUGCUGGAAUCUUCACGGUAAAUGCCGCCGUAAAUGCUUCAGGAAGGAAAAGAUCUAUGUUUACUGCACUAAUAAUAAAUUCUGCUGUGUGAAGCCCAAGUACCAGCCAAAACGAAAUCCAUGGUUAUUUUAA